AUCUCUCUUCCCAUCUCUGACCUGUUGAUUAAGAAAAAAAAAAACCAUUAUCUUCAUUUGUCGGUUUUCUCUGUCAGAACCUCCUUUAUUUCUUAAAUUUAUGACCUUUCAAUUUCAUUUGGGCUCUGUGAGGAACAAAAUCCCUAUCGAUUUAGACUGUAAACUGUAAAGGGAGUGUGAGUGAAGGGGGAAAAUGAAGCAAAAUUGGUGGAGGUCAGCUUACAAGCAGAAUCACUUGGUUUUCAAGUUAGGGAUUUCGAUUUUGUUCGUGGGUUUUGGAUUCAGACUUCUUUUCUCGCAAUCACCCAGUGUGAUCCCCGAUGUUUCUGAUAAUAAUAUUGAUACCCCUGUUGCGGAGAAGAAUGUGAAGCCGAUUCCUUUAGAUGUUUCUGAAUCUCCCAAAAUAGAACUGAAUCAUAUUCAUCCCAAAGAUGAUGGAUCAGAAAAGUGUGAUAUUUUGGAUGGUGAAUGGGUACCAUAUUCCCGCGGAGCACCAUACACCAAUAACACCUGCAGAUGGAUCGAAAGUCAUCAAAACUGUAUGGGAAAUGGUAGGCCGGACACCGGGUACAUUAACUGGAGGUGGAGCCCUAAAUCUUGCGAAUUACCUCGUUUUGAUGCGAAGAAAUUUCUUGAAACGAUGAGGGAUAAAUCGUGGGCUUUUGUUGGCGACUCAAUAACUCGGAAUCAUCUUCAAUCCUUCAUCUGUCUUCUAUCUGAGGUAGAAGAUGCCGUUGAGCUUUUCCAUGACAAAGAUUACAAGAACAGAAAAUGGCAAUUUCCAUCCUACAACCUUACAGUCUCAGUUAUUUGGUCUCCUUUUUUAGCAAAAGCAGACAUUUUUGAAGACAUCGAUGGUGUUUCAUCUUCAGAAAUAGAACUCCAUAUUGACAUUCUUGACAAAACUUGGACAGAGCAAUUUCACACAUGGGAUUACGUGUUGUUCUCCUCUGGUAAAUGGUUUAUCAAAACAGCAAUCUACUUUGAAGAAAACACAAUUUUAGGUUGCCAUGGUUGUGAAGGAAAGAACUUCACUGAUCUUGGUUUCAAUUUUGCUUAUCGAAAAAUCAUAAAGAAUUUAUAUGAUUUCAUUAUGAAUUCAAAGAAACAAAGUACGAUUAUUUUCAGAACAUCAACCCCAGAUCACUUUGAAAAUGGGUCAUGGUCAACCGGUGGGACCUGUGAUAGAAGGGUGCCAGCUAAAGAAGGUGAGUUUGAGUUGACCGAUUUGAACAUAAACCUACGAGAGAUUGAAUUGCCUGAAUUUGAAAAAGCAGAAGCCCGAGCUUCUGAAAAAGGGAAGAAAUUGAAGCUUCUCGAUGUGAUGCCUCUUUCAUUGGUGAGACCAGAUGGGCAUCCAGGUCCAUAUAGACAUUUUUACCCUUUUGCAAAAGAUAAGAAGGCUAAAGUUCAAUAUGAUUGUUUGCAUUGGUGUUUGCCUGGGCCAAUUGAUCAAUGGAAUGAUUUGUUGAUGAAGUUGGUGGUAGAUGAUUGAUGUAAUGGUUUGUGAAUAGUGUUGAGAACUCCAUUGGUAUCCACUUUGAGGUUUUUUAACCUCUUAUAACUUUAUAAAUAUAUGUUGUUUCUACCAAUUCUUAGGGUUUAGAGGUGUAUUGUUAUUCCUUGUUUUUUAGUAGAGAAAUCUUAAAUGGUUGUAGAUUGAACAGACGUAUGCUUGUAUAAUAUGGGCUUAAUGGAGUAUUUGUGAUGUUUCUCA